AUGGCUCCUCCGUUAGUCACCAUUUACGUGACAAGUCUCACGUCUGCCCCGAAAGUGAGGAAGCAUAUCGACCUAUUGAGAAGGUCAUUGAAAGGUCUUGAAAUACCUUACGAAGAAUAUGACCUAGUGAUGGACGAAGAAGCCAAAAAGAAAUGGCAGAGAUCCAAACCACCCGGUAUGGUCGUAGGUCUACCAGGAUAUCUCGUAGGUGGAGAAUGGGUCGGUACAAUGGAAGAUUUCGAAGAUGCCGUUGAAACUCAAACCCUCGAAUCAUUCCUCAAGCAAGAUCUCGACUUAUCUCACCCAGGAGAUGUCACUGGAGGUAGUGCAGAUGGUGGUCAAGGGGAACUACCAAGUCAGAAAUCCAUUCAAGAAGUUGAAUUGGAGAAAUUGAUGAGAGAAAUGACGAAUGAAGAUUUAGAUAAAUUAAUGGGUGAAUUGGGUGUUGAUGAAUCUACCACUAAGAUCGGAUUGAUCGAUAGCAAAUCUCAAGACAAGAUUAGUGACUUGAAAGCAAGUGAGAAAGGACUAUUGGAUGAUCUGAAAGAUGAGUUGAGUUUGGAUAAGAAUGAAGAUAAGGUUUUGAAAGGUGUUGAAGAGGAUGAUUUCACUUCGAAGAUCGAAUCAAAGGAAGAAAAUAUCAAUGCAACCAAGGAAGAGGAUAAAGAAAUCAAUCCACCAUCAGAUCAAGGUAAAGGUGAAGGGAUCAAAGGCAUGGUGGAAGAGAAUGAUAUAGUAAAAGAAUUGAAGAAAGAGUUGUUAAGCGAUAAGAAGGAAGAUAAAGAUAUUAAUGAUAUCAUCAAUAAAGAAAAGGUCGACUAA